GGCCAGCUGCGGGGCCGCUGCACUUGACCUCCUACCCCGCGAAAUCGGGACGCGGGAACGCGGCCUGAGGGAGGUGUAGCCAUCAUGACUGCCCAGGGCUGUAGCUCUCUGACCCCGCUGCUGGAAACGCUGGAGGAUCCCGCCGCCUCUAUGGGGGAGCAGGUGGAUGCCUACCUGACCUUGGCCAGUCGACUGACCGGAGAAGAAGGAAAAGAAUUCAUUGUAGAAAUCAAGAAACAGCUUCCUCGCCUUUACAAAACAUUUAAGAUUCACAUUUCUAGUCAAAACUCAGAGUUGAAUAGUGCUACUCUACAAGCCAUGGGGUUUUGUUUAUAUAACCCCCAAAUUACUUCAGGAUUAACAGAAAAAGAAAUGCAAGAGCUACUUUCACAGUUGACUGAUAUUGCUACAAAGAGUGCGGACAAAAACACACGUACUCGAGCACUUUGGGUAAUGUCUAAACAGACAUUUCCCAGUGAAAUUGUUGGCAAAGUGGUACCCAGUAUAAUUACCAUGUUAGAAGUAGUAUUUAAUAAGGUGGAUGUGCAUUCUAUGGUGGUUGAUUAUGAAGCACUAAAUGUUAUCAUACGACUAAUAGAGCAAGCCCCUAUUCAGAUGGAAGAAGAAGCAGUGAGGUGGGCAAAGCUGAUCAUACCUUUAGUGGUGCAUUCAGCACAAAAGGUACAUUUGCGGGGAGCAACUGCAUUAGAGAUGGGAAUGCCGUUGUUGCUCAAGAAACAGCAAGAAGUAGCAGCUGUUACUGAGCAGCUUAUGACAACUAAACUAAUUCCAGAACUACAGAAGCUAUUCAUGAGUAAAAAUGAGACAUAUGUGUUGAAAUUAUGGCCUUUGUUUGUUAAACUUCUUGGAAAGACUCUUCAUAGAAGUGGGAGUUUUAUCAACUCAUUGUUACAGCUGGAAGAACUUGGUUUUCGUAGUGGAGCACCUGUGAUAAAGAAAAUUGCCUUCAUUGCUUGGAAAAGUUUGAUAGAUAAUUUUGCAUUAAAUCCAGAUAUACUGUGCAGCACAAAGCGACUCAAAUUGCUAAUGCAGCCUUUGAGCUCUAUCCAUGUGAGAACAGAAGCUCUAGCACUGACAAAACUGGAAGUCUGGUGGUAUCUGCUAAUGAGACUUGGACCUCAUCUUCCUACAAAUUUUGAACAGGUUUGUGUACCAUUGAUUCAAAGCACGAUAAGCACAGACUGUCAUACUGUAUCCCAAGGAACUCCAUCCCGGGGAGCAGCUAAUGCAGGCUUAAACCCUGUUACUCCUAACCAGAAAGCAGGAUCUUUCCCAUUUGGAACUCCUGUUACACCCAGGAUGAACUUGUCUCUUAGUACCAGUGGAAUGGCAGCUAUCCCAUCCAUUCAGCUCUUGGGAAUUGAAAUGUUACUUCACUUCUUGCUGGGUCCAGGCGUUUUAGAAUUUGCUAAAAAAAACAAACUUGUGCUGAGUUUAGAGCCUCUUCAGCAUCCUUUAAUCAAUAGCCCUUCAUUCUUUUGCAAACAUGCAAAUAUACUCAUGGCUGCAGUUCAGGACAGCUUUGUUGCUGUUGGAAAAGAUGCUUCAGAUGCUGUGAUUUAUGCCAUAUGGAAAGAUAUUAUUUGCUUUGUGAAGUCAGUUAUUGAAUCAGGUAACAAAAAAGAAAGACAGGGCUCAGAAGUAUUGACCCUUUUGCUACAGUCUUUGAAAAGCAUAGUGACAGCUGAUGCAUUUCCUGUAUCAAAAGCAUUGGUCCUCAUAGAAAUUACAAUUAAAGAACUACCUCAGAAAGUAUUAGGUUCUCCAGCAUAUCAAGUUGCUAACAUGGAUCUUCUUAAUGGAACUCCAGCUUUGUUCUUAAUUCAAUUAAUUUUUAGUAAUAACCUCUUGGAAUGUGGUGUGGCUGAUGAAAGGUUCUUUCAAAACCUGGAAACACUUGUAGGUUGUGUUCUUACUGGCCCAACUUCUCCACUAGCUUUCAGUGAUUCUGUUUUAAAUGUUAUUACUCAAAAUGCAAAGCACCUUGAUAACAAAGAGCAUCUGUGGCGAAUGUGGAGCACUCUAGUCAACCCACUAACUGAACUGAUUAACCAGACCAAUGAAGUAAAUCAGGGAGAUGCAUUGGAGCACAAUUUCAGUGCUGUCUACAGUGCAUUGAUGCUACCAAUAACCCAUAUUUUUCCAGCACAAGAGUUUCCGUUGCCGACUAUGAAGUCAUUACUUCGAACUUGGUCAGAACUGUAUCGAACAUUUGCCCGUUGUGCAGCUUUGGUAGCAACAGCAGAAGAAAAUUUAUGCUGUGAUGAACUUUGUCUUAAGAUGAUGUCUGCCUUAGAUGACAACACCUUUGCAAACUUGUGUUUUUUGGAUAGGAUUGCUCAUGUUGCUACAGUAAUAGUUGAAUGCAUCAAUUUUUCACCAUACAGUACUAAACAUCAACCCCAAAUUAAAUUACCACAGACACCUACAGAUUGGUCCAAGAAAAAAAAAGAACCUUUAGGGAAGUUGACUUCUUUAUUUAAAGUUAUCCUGAAGGUGAUGGAUGCUUUCCAUGAUGUCAGCUUCAAGAAUCUUCAUUCUGAAACACUCCUUUCUGUUGGUAAUUCAAUUAUCAGCAUUAUUUCUACUAUUCUUGGCCAUGUGUCUUUGCCUUCAGUGAUACAGACAAUCUUUGCAACUUUAACAAAGCCUUUGGCAUUGUUAUAUGAAAAUUCAAAGCUUAGUGAUGUGCCUAAAGUGUAUAAUUGCCUCAACAACAAGUUAGAAAAGCUCUUAGGAGAGAUUCUUAGAUGUCUUCAGUUUCGCUACAAUGGCACUUAUAACAAUGAGCUUUUAGAACAACUCUCCCCAUUAUUGUGCAUAAUAUUUCUGCACAAAAAUAAACAGAUCUGCAAACAGAGUGUUCAGUUCUGGAAUGACACGUUUGCUAAAGAGACUCUGCUGGAGUAUCCUGAAGAACUAAAGAUUGUAUUGAAACAAGCCAAACAGAAAUGUUUGCUUUUGUUACCUGGUUUUGAGGUUGAACCAAUAGAAGAAUCUGGUGGCCUCUAUUCGGAGGGAACAGAAAAUUCACAAUUAGACACAAAGAUAAGUGGUAUAGAAAUACAGUCUUGUGGAAAACAAGAUUUUUUAUCAUUACGUGCAAAAAAUCUGAACGGAAAAGAUCUAAAAUCACCAUCUAAGAUGAAACUAGAAUUUUUGUCUCCUAAGUUAAAAAAAGAUGUUAUUUUGGAAGAUUGUUCAUCUGUUGAUUUUGUGUUUAUCCCUCCCAAUGAGAAAGAAACAAAGAAAAGAAUUCUUACUGAACAUCAGAAAGAAGUACUUAGAACAAAGAGAAGUGAUAUUCCUGCCCUAUACAAUAAUCUGGAUGUAUCACAAGAUAGUUUUUCUUACCAUACUCAAGAAGAAACUAUGGAAAAUCCAAGUUUAACUGAAGAAUCGAAGGAAGAAUCAGAGAUUAUCAUGAAGGAAGGAGAGAAUGUUGAUGCAAAGAACAACACUGAAGAUAGCACAGUAGAUAGUAGUAUUGAGAAGCAUCCUGAAAAACCCUCUAUCCCAAAACAUAAGGUGCAAAGUUGCCAUGAAAAGAACAAUUUAUUAUUAAAUAUAAAAAAGCACAUUGAAAAAAAUGCUCCUAAAAUUGUUUCAAAGGAGCCUUCAGGAGAAAACAUAUGCAUCAGUGAAAAUACCUUGAAUACCAGUAAUAGCUCAGUUUCUAGUGGACCUAUAAGCCGAAGACAGUCUUUUAUUACUUUGGAAAAAUUUGAUACAUCAGAAAACAGACCAUUUAGUCCUUCUAUCUUGAAUACUGUAUCAGGAGCUGUUUCAGUGUCAGAGAACCAAGAAAAUAUGGAUACAGCAAGUACCUCAAUGAAUAUAAAGACCAAAGAAAUAAAUAUUUCAAAACCUGAUAGAGAAAAAAUCAUAAGUGAAACCAAAAAAACAGUUCGAAGGCCAAAUAAAACAGAACACACAGGGAGUAAACGACCUAAGCUGUUAAGAUCAGAACAAGAAAAAAAUGCUCAAGAAUCUGGUGGUUCUAUAAUGCCUGUAGAAAAUAAGUUGGCUGAUUUACUGGAUCAUGCAGAAGAUACCCAGGACACUCUUCCUCAAGCUAACGUAUUGGAAUGUGAAGAAGUAAAGUUUCAACAUCCAGUAGAAAGUCUUGAAGUGGUAGAAAACAUUACAGAAGGAAAUGCCUUAGGAAAUAAUUUGGAAUCCAAAGAAAAUACACCUCCAGAAGUAAUACCCACAACAGACCAAAUAUCUAAUGAUGAUGGUCAUAUACAGGUAUCAUCUAAUCAGAAAACACUUAGAAGGUCUUCACGACGACGCUCAGAUAUAGAAUGUACUCCAGAUAAACAAGAUAAAGAAAACGGUCAAGAAAAAAAGGAAAAGCGAAAGGAAGAGGAGAGGUCUAUUCAGAAGAAGCUAUCACAAAUAAAAGAUGAUGUAUCACAAAAGCAGAAACCAAUUUCUGAAAAAAAUAUAGGUGAGCAAGAACAUUUAAGUAAGAAAGCAAACAAUUUAAUUGAGAAGACUUCAGAACAAACUAACAUUGAAAUUAACAAAUUAAAACCUGAAUUUGAGAAUGUUAAGUCAAAUGUUGAUGAUAUUCAGGACUGUAGUUCAGAUAAGUCCUCACAAAAACCAUUAAGAGGACGAACAAGGUAUCAGACAAGGAGAGCAUCCCAAGGUUUACUUUCUAGUAUUGAAAACUCUGAAUCUGAUAGUUCAGAGACUAAAGAAGAACUUUCUAAUAAGAAAAAAUCUGGAAAAUGGAAAAAUAAGGGUAGUAGUCUUGAAAAUGAAAAUACUAAGGGAAAAAUAGGAAGUAAGGACUAUCUAGGAUCUGAAACUAAAAAUGAAGGUGGAACAAGUUCUGAAUUGGACAUGGAGAUAAGAUUGUCAUCUCAAACUUUUGAUAUGAACAAUGAACAGAACUCUUCAAUUAUUAAUGUUUCUAUAGUAUCUGCAGACCCAUCAGAAGUUUCUAGUGACAUAGAGAACACAAAUGAGGAGAAAAGUAAAAUUAGCCCAUUUGUAGAAGAUUCCAGUUCAAACUCUUAUGUUCCAGAGUUAAUUUUAAGGACUAGAAAUAUAAAUAAAAAACUUCAUAAGCAAGAUUCUGUGGACACUAGUGCAAUUUCUCCAGGGGGAGAUGUAUCAGAUAUAUCAGAUACCUCCUUGCUUUCUGAAAACCCCCUACAGGCAAUUGAAUGUCUUCACAAAAGAAGUAGGAGGGUGAGAAGGUCAAAGAGCUGUGAUUGUUGUGGAGAAAAGUCAAAACUACAAGAAAAAUUCUUUACUUCAUUAAAAAGCACAGAUAAUUAUGAUGUAAAAAUGGAUGAACCACAAAAGCUAGGUAUACAGGCCACUGAGUGUCCUUUGGAAACUUCUUAUGUGGGCACAAACUUAGAAGUAAAACCAUUAAAGGAAUCUUGUACUGCUAUUGUACCAUUACUUCACAGGAAAGAGACUGAGGCUUUGAGUGAUUCAGUGACUGGAUCAGAAAAUGAGUUGAAAGAAAUUUCUAAUUUUGAAGAUCAUCCUCCCCUAGAAAGAGUAAACUUUGAAAACAAAACUUGUGUUGUUACUAUUAACAAAACAGACCUUGUAGUGAAAGAACCUUCUGAUCAGGCUAAUAAAAUGAUCAAUUCUGGUCUACCAAUUGAUAAUUCUCAAGAUGCUUUUGAACAGAAACCUGUUCUAGAGGUGAGCAGAGAACAACCAGUAACUUCAUUAGAGGAGGAAAUAAGUCAGCAUGUAGAAAGAAAGAAUGCUGAUGAUGAAAACAGUACACUUGAAGUACAGGCAAAAUCUGAUCCUGAAGCAGAAAUAAAGCAUGAAACUGUUGUUACAACUGAGAUGGACAAGUUCAAGUCAAGUGCUGAUGUGGAUAUCCCUGAGGUGAAGAUGGAAGUUAACAUAUCUGAGGAAAGUGCCGUGGCAAACAGGGGAACAGCUGAGCCUGAGGCUGGAGCAGAUAAUGCCCAGGCCAAAGCACUUGAGGCAAGUGCUGAAACUGAUGUGUUUGAGUCACCUGAGAAAAUGAAUACUGUAGAAGCAAAAGCAGAAUCUUGCACACCAGAAACGGUAAAAGCAGACAUUGAUGACACUGAAGAAACUAAGGUAGAUCAAGAUCAUGUUGAGGCAGAAGAAAUUAAUGAUGAAAUUUUAGAGAAAAAUCAGGAUGCCUCAGAGAGAGUGGAGGAACCAUCAAAAAUACUUGCAAAUGUUUCUGAGCUGAUAACAGAAGAAAGUAAUGUUUCUCCUCAGAAGUUGAGGGGAAUAGACGCUCAAUCUGAAAACGAUAGCCCAAGUGGAGUGCAGACACGCUGUAUCUGGUCUCCUUUGGCUUCUCCCUCUACCAGCAUUUUGAAGAGAGGAGUAAAAAGACAACAAGAAGAUGAGGCCCCAUCACCUCUUAAUAAGGUUCGACGAGUUUCAUUUGCAGAUCCAAUUUACCAAGAAGGAUUGGCAGAUGAUAUUGAUAGGAGAAGCCCAGUUGUUAGAUCACAUUCUUCUCAUUCUUCAAAUAAUUCUUCAACAGCUAAAAGUCUUAAAAGUUCCCCUACUUCACAGUCCAAGCAUAAUGCCACUCCAACCAAAGGAUUUCUGUCCCCAGGAUCCUGUAGCCCUAAAUUUAAGAGCUCAAAGAAGUGCUUAAUUGCUGAAAUGACCAAAGAAUCCCCUCAAUGUUCUAAUGAAAGUAUAUACCCAGCCUUGGUGAGCUGCGGAGCACCUGUUGACAUUAUUUUACCUCAGAUUACUUCAAACAUGUGGGCAAGAGGCUUAGGACAGCUUAUUAGAGCAAAGAAUAUUAAGACAAUUGGUGAUCUGAGCACUCUUACAGCAACUGAAAUAAAAACUCUCCCUAUCCGUUCUCCAAAAGUUUCCAAUGUUAAGAAGGCUCUCAGAGUAUAUCAUGAGCAGCAGAUGAAGUCUCGAGGACUAGAAGAAAUUACCCUUAUUGAGGUUUCAGAGAAAUCAUUAAAUGGAAUGGAAAAUAAGCCCAUUUCUCCUGAUGAAGAAAUGUUUGCUUCAGAUUUAAUUGAGCCAGUUACCUCAGAUGGUCACCAGGCCAGAAAUCUUGUGGCCCAGAUCAGUGCUCUUGCUCUUCAGCUAAAUUCAGAAGAUCUGCAUAAUUACUCAGGAAGCCAACUUUUUGAAAUGCAAGAGAAACUGGUUAGCAUGACUAACUGCAUAAUGAAAAAUCUACAGUCUCGAUGGAGGUCACCACCCCAUGAAAGCUCUAUUUAGGAUUUCCUUAGGAUAACAUAGAAGUUCUUUAAUAUCACAGUUUUUGUUAACUGACGAUGGCCGCUCUAAAACAUUCCAUAAACACAAUUUUAGAAUUUGGUAACUGAGUAUUUGCAGAAUAGAUCUUUUUAACUAUGAGAAAUAUAUCAUGAUGUACCUUGAAUUUUUAACAUUUUGUGGGAUUGCUUUUUUUCCAUGUGAAGUAUUUGUUUAUUUGCUGCUAUGCAUCAUCUUUCAAGUAUUUCAAGUGAAAGUUUUACGAAAACAUGAGGAAAGACUGAAAUCAGAUGUUGCUAAAUUAAAACAUUUUUAUUCCUUCAAAACUUUAUGUAAAAUGACAUUUUAAGUAAGUGAAAUUGAAAAUGUUUUAUUUGAAAGCCAGAUUACUUGCAGAGCUUUAAUGGUAUUUGAUAACUCCAUUUCGUGCUUGGAUUUCUUGUGCCUGAGAGCUAAGGGAGUCUUUGUUGAUGAGGCAUCUCAAAUGAGAUGGAGCAGAAUCAAGGGGUUUUUUUUUCUUCUCCACAGUGAAGUUAACAUGCUUUUGCAUGGUUUUAUGGACAAGGCCCAUGAAAGGUGAAAUGCUAAAAAAAAAUAAUAAUAAUAUAAUAAUAACCAUCAUUUUGGCAUCGUCAUGUUAUAAACAGAUUUUCUGAGCUCUUUUCAUUUGCUUGACAAAUGAAAGUGUAGCAGUAUUUUCCCAUGGGAAUUUGUUUCUAUGGGACAUAUACAAUAGUUAAGUGCAUAACCAUUUGUAUAUUAUGUAUAGAUUAUAGAUGUUGGUGUUUAUUUAUAAAUUUCAACUGAUUAAUUGCAUGGAUUGCCCUUCUCUUAAAGACCUUUUGGGUAAGAGUUCUUGGUUUUACAUUAUAGAAAUCCACUUUGUAUAUAUUAUGUACUGUAUUACCAGUAUGGAGGGUCUUCAUGAGAUCACUUUAUUUGUACAUAAAGAACCCUACAAAGUCCUAACGAGCGCUGUAAUUGGUCAAUGAAAUCUUAGCUGAAAAGAUGAGUACAUGUUGUCCAAAAGAUACCAGAUUGCCAAAUUACUGAAAUGCCAAAUGAUUUUGGUUUUCAGUUUCCUUUAUGUUUUGUAUAUAUGUAUAAGGAUUCAAUCAAAGGAAGACCACUUGAAAGUUUGCCAGUUUUAUUGACGCUUUCUGAAAGUACAUUGUGUUUAGAAAGUUUUAGCUCAAUUUAGUGAAAAAUCUAGAGGUUUGAUUCUUUUUGGGGGGCCCGCAGUUGCCUAUGUUUUCCUUUUAUGGCUACCUGAUUUGAGAAAAUUUGAACAAAAUUAAAUUGUGCCAAAUAAUAUCAUCAUUGGCAUCCCAUUCCAUACUUUACAUUUAGGUUCACGUUCAUGAUUUUUAAACAACAGAUGAAUUCAGCUAUUUUUUUAUUCCCUCAGCACUAAUUUAUUUUCAGUACAAAAAGCACACCUUCUUAAAUAGGUUGUGAUCAAUUCGCUCAUUGGGUAGAACACAGUGCUAAUGGUACCAAAGUCAUCAGAAUUCUUCUCCGGACCUUAUUAGGUUCCAUUGGCCACAGGGUGGGUAAUACCAUCUUUCUUUAAAGUAUGUGCUAAUGGCCUUGGGGGAAACAGAGUUAGAAUGUGGGCAGAUCAGUAAAACUAUCCCAACCAUUUAGAGAAAGAAAGCAAACCCUUUAUCCUAAUAAAAACGGGUUCAUUGGUGUUAUCUUUUUGUCUUUUGCUGGAAAAACUUAAGUAAUUUUAAGUAUUGCAAUUUGAAGAAAGUCAGAGUAGGGUUAGAUGGGUAUUUUAAAUAGAUAGUUUAUGACUUAGGUUAACAUCUGUCUUCCCCAAAUGAUUUAUAUGUUUCUUGCCUAAGAACUUUUUUUCCUAAAAAAAUGAUUCUUAAGAAUAGUAAAAAGAAAAAAAUAGGUCACUGUUUUUCACUGGAUCAAGAACAAGAUGUAGGAAUGGCAGGGGGGAAAAAGGUUGGCUUUUUCAGACGCUCAAAUUUUGUGUAUUUUUAUUAACAUUCAUUUAACACCAUCAGAUUCACAGAAAACCAAACCAAGCAACAUUAGAAUAUUUGAAUUUAUACUCACCUAUAUAAAUUUGCAGAUAAUUUCUCACAUUUGCAUUUUAGAUUCUAAAAUACAUAGUGGGUGUUUUUUUGUUUUAAGUUUUGCACAACAAUUCUGAGAAUUUCGUUCACCACUCCCUUGGUUAGAUAUAAUUUUUUUUUUGGUCAUGUUUACCUCCAUGCCUUCUGCUCUGCUUCUAGAUGCAGGAAAACUUCAUUUGGAUUCUGGUGAAAGGCCACUCAAAAUCAGCAAAAAGACUGAAAUAUGAAUCCUUUGUAGAAAAAUUAGUUUAGUAACUUCAAGCACCCCUGGAUUGAACUAAAUUAGUAAGGUUAACCUAAGAUUAGCAAGUAAAUGACCUUGGGAAAGAGGAAAAAAAUUUUUUUAGUUAAACACCUGUGUCUCCUCUCAAAAAGAGGCCUUAUAUGGAUUAGGUAACCCCCCCAAAUCCCCUUUGACAUCUUCAUUCUAAAUCUUCUUUACUCUUUGUUUUGCUAGAGUAGGCUGAAGUUUACCUCUGUUCUAUCUGCACUAUUGUAAAAAAAAAAUUCUAAAUGAGGUUUACUGUAGUUUUUCAGUUCUCUAACUUAGUCUAUGGGGUUCAGACGAAUUCUUUAUUAUAGCUUUAUUAGCAUUUGUCAGUAAUGUUUGCGUUCCUGGGAUUUAAUAACUUGAUCCUAAACAUGAAUAGUAGAGCAAAAAUUGGUUUCAUUAAUAGGAAAUAACCAUUGGAGAGCAGUGUUGGAGGAAGAAAAAAGCCUUUAAAUCUGAAUAAAAACAUCUUAAGUUUGA